AUGUUGUUUUUCCAGGUGAUCUUGACGCUCUUCGCAUCUGUAUGGGCCGUAAAGGUCGACAUUGACGUGACUCAUGUUCCAGCCGACUGUGACCAGAAAACCACCGUAGGCGACCACGUCCAGGUCCAUUACAAAGGCAGUUUGGAAGAUGGGACCGUGUUUGACUCAUCUUUCGGCAGACUGCCCAUUGGGUUCCAAAUUGGCGCGGGCAGAGUGAUUGCCGGCUGGGAACAGGGUCUUUUGAACAUGUGUGUGGGCGAAAAGCGUACCUUGACCAUUCCCCCGGAGCUAGGCUACGGCGCCAGCGGCAUCGGGCCCAUUCCGCCAAACAGUGUCUUAGUCUUCGACGUGGAGUUGGUGGAGGUGUAUCGGCCACACCAAGAGCUCUAG